AUGUCUGUUCGUCCAGAUCUUCACCAGCACUAUGUGCGGGCCUGCCAAGACUUGGGCCAACCUGAAAACGCCUUCAUUGCUCAUCUGCUUCAAGAAGCUGACAAAAAUGAUAAAAUCAGAUGGGCAAAAGGGAUCACAUUAAAAAUAGCUGGAAAUGAUCGUCUGGUGCCUGUGCAGAGAGUUACAGAUGAUGAUCUUAAAGUUCUUACCUCUGUCUUACCCAACACUGUAUUUGUCACAGGUUUGGAUCUUAGGUGUAAUGUAUUGACUGAUGCUGGAGCAAAGCACAUGGCAACAUUCCUCCAGGAAAACGCCACUCUGCGGUACCUCAACCUGAUGUUUAAUAAUAUUGGCACAAGUGGAACAGAGCUGAUAGCAAGAGCACUCCACAGGAAUGAAACACUUGAGUAUUUGAGAAUGACUGGAAACAAAAUAGGAAACAAAGGUGGAAUGUUCUUUGCUUCAAUGCUACAAAUUAAUUCCACCUUAGAGAGGCUGGAUCUUGGAGACUGUGAUAUGGGUAUGCAGUGUCUAAUAGCGAUAGCAACAGCCCUGACUCAGAACAAAUCAGUCAAAGCAAUAAACCUAAAUCGUCCUUUACUCUACAGCCAGGAGGAAGAGACCACAGUUCAUAUAGCUCUGAUGUUGAAAAAUAACUCUUCUCUUGUGGAACUACAUUUGUGCAAGCACGAAAUGAAAAACUUCGGUGUGGAGCGACUGUGUGAGGCGUUGUAUGAAAACUCCAGCCUGAGAUACCUUGAUCUUGGCUGUAAUAAAAUAACCCGCGAUGGUGUAAAAUUUUUGGCAGAACUACUAAAACGGAACCGAACCCUGGAAAUCCUUGAUCUUGGCGCCAACCGAAUAGAAGAUGAUGGAGCCACUGACCUGAGCGAAGCCUUGGCUUUGUACAACAGGACUCUUCAGGCGUUGUCAGUAGUAAGCAACAAUGUAAGUGGCCAAGGACUUGUAGCUCUCUCGGAUGCGAUGAAAACAAACACGGAACUUUCCUAUAUUUACAUUUGGGGGAACAACUUUGAUGAAGCCACCUGUACUGCAUUUUCAGAAUUAAUUAAGACAGGCCGCUUGAAACCUAAUUGUACGGACGUGGAACCGUAUGAAGUGGACGGGCACGUUCACCUCGCAGAGCUCUCCCACGGCCUCCGGAAGCAUUACUACUGGACGCCUAGUUGUGGGGAGGUGACAAACAAGGACGCUAAUGCCAGCCUGGCGAUUGCAGCGGUUUCAGAAUACUUGUGA